UCUCCGUCAUGUGAUGACACUGUGUGGGCUUGUUAUCGGGGACCUGUGGACUUCUGCCACAUGAGCAGGCCCGUCCACUUUAACCUGUCUGACCACGCCUGCUGCUACAGCCAUGAGAUCUUCUGCAGUAUAGAGAGGAACCCUUCCACUGUUUGCUGUCUGGGACUGGCUGACAGAUUUCUUAAAUGGCUGAGGAAGUUUUAAUUCCAUCGUCCGGGAAAAUCUCUUCGCACCUGACUGGCUCUUUGUUGGCAGUGGCAUUCCUCACCUCCUUUGGGAGCUCUAUGCUUUAUGGAUACAAUCUAGCUGUGGUCAACUCCCCUGCUGUGUACAUAAAGGACUUCUACAAUAAGACAGUGCUGAGUCGUAAUGGAACAGGACUCAGUGGGGAGACCCUGACCCUCAUGUACUCUCUCACUGUGUCUGUCUUCGCUAUUGGAGGUCUUCUGGGCUCCCUCAUCGUGGGCAUGCUGGUCACUCGCUUUGGCAGGAAAGGCACGGUGGUAAACACAACAGUGCUGGUGUUUAUUGCUGGUUCACUCAUGGGGUUCAGCAGGAUUUGUGGUUCACCUGAGAUGGUCAUCUUUGGCCGCUUCAUCACAGGAAUUCACUCGGGCAUCUCUCUAAGUGUUGUACCAAUGUACCUGGGUGAGAUAGCACCUAAGAACCUGAGAGGCUUCCUGGGUCUCGUACCGAGUAUCUUUAUUGGUACCGGAGUCUUUGCUGCCCAAGUCCUUGGCCUACAUGAGCUUCUAGGAAAGGAGGAGCACUGGCCCCUCUUUCUUUCAGUGGUGGUGGUACCUACCUUUAUCCAGCUGAUGCUAUUGCCAUGGUUCCCAGAGAGCCCCAGAUACCUGCUAAUUGAGAAACACAACGUCCAUGCCACCAUCACAGCUCUGAAGUGGUACAGAGCCAAAUGUAACAUCCAGGCUGAGAUUGAAGAGAUGCAGGAGGAGCAGCGCUCUCUGUCAUCAGUGCAGACACUGUCAGUAUGGAAAUUGUUGCUGGACGACACAGUCCGCUGGCAGGUGCUCAGUGUGGUGGUCAUCAACAUCGGCAUGCAGCUGUCUGGUAUUGAUGCUAUCUGGUUCUAUACCAAUGACAUCUUUGAAAAUGCGGGUAUCCCAGCUCCAGAGAUCCAGUAUACCACAGCAGGAACAGGAGUUAUAGAGAUCAUCGCUGGACUCAUUGGGUGUUUCACAAUAGAGAAGCUGGGUAGGAGGCCUCUCAUGAUCGGGGGUUUUGCCAUGAUGGGCAUCUGCAGUGCUGGAAUCACAUUAGCGCUCAUUUUACAGGCUCACUUAUCAUUCAUGCGCUAUAUCAGUGUCUGCUGUGUGGUCGGCAUCAUCGCUGGCUUCUGUAUCGGCCCAGCGGGGGUUCCCUUCCUGAUCACAGCAGAACUGUUUAAACAGUCCCACCGCCCAGCGGCCUACAUUGUAGGAGGAUCACUCAAUUGGUUGUCUAACUUCACUGUGGGUUUCGUCUUCCCAUUCUUACAGAUGUCAGCUGGGUCUUACUGCUACUUAGUAUUUGCCACCAUUUGUCUGUCAGUCGCUGUCUACGUCUACAUUGUGAUCCCAGAAACCAAAAACAAAACCUUUAUGGAGAUCAGCCGAAUGUUCUCUAAGAAGGAGGCAGUCUUAGAGACCCAAGGCCUGAUCCAUGUGGACCAGCUGAAGCUUAAGAAAAUGAAUGGUUAUGGUGGUGUGGAACACACAUCACUGGAGUUUGACAGUUCUUCUUCUGUACCAUGAUUAAGCUUUAGGUUCUCUCUUGGACUACAAAACCACUCAUCACUUCCUCUCCUCCAUUCUUGUGUUGCAACAUGUACAAAUUCAUCAAACACCACCUUGCAUGGAGUCAGUGGGCUCUGGUUGGGUGAAGCUGGACUUUUCACUUGGAUCACACUGAGGUUCCAAACUCUGCUAAAUAUACAACUGGGUAUACAGCACUGGUACUUGCAACUUGUCAAUGUAAUGUUUUAGUCUGUUUGAGCCAUACAAGGAAAAUUCUAGUUAAUUAUAACAUGAUGUUGCUGUCAUAGGUUUGUCUUCUCUUCUUAGUACUAGUAACACUGUGUUCAUCAAGGUAACUGCUGAGGUCUAGGAUGUCACUGGACAGAAGUCCAACAGGACAAGAAACACCAGCAGUCAGAGCAUCAGACAAACUGUAAUCAAAACAACACGUUAGACAAACUUUAUGAGGAGAAAAUCCAUCACAGUCUACAUGCCCACUUGCUGUACAUACUGUAGAUGUGCACACAGUUUUCAGGUUCAGUUUGACCUCCAAAAAGAUUUUGAUAACUUGGAGUCCCCAGAUAUCAGCUGUUACCUUGGUGAGUACAAUGUUAUUAUGGUUGUUGGGAAUGAGGGCCCCUGUUAUAAUAAAAUAAAUCUACGUAUUUCUGCUUUAGUAACUGAUUCUCUCUGUAAUUGGCUGUUUACAUUGCACAGUUUGGGUAGUAAUGGUCAGACAAUCAGAGCCACAAAAAUAAGGUUGGCAUUACCUGGCAUGUUGGUGACCGUUAUGGUACUUUCAUCAAAAAUGUCACAUUAGUUUUAAUAGAGUUUGUAAUAUAAUGAACACUGCAAGCUGCAAGCUGUAAGCCACCACAUAUCUGCUUUCAUUGUACACAAGUGUCCUACAUGUUGGCAUGGCAACACACAAAUCAAUAGAAAUGAAUAAACACAUUUUCAGAGCUUGUAGACAUAGACACAGCUGGAUGAAGGAAAGUGGGAGUGUGCAGUAUGCAUGUGUGACAGAAAUUAACCUUUUAGAAAUGCAUUUUUUUAAUCUUUUGUAUUUUGCAGUAAAAAAAAAUAAUCUAUGACCUAAUAUUUAUGCAUGUUUUGACUACAUCAUCUUUUAUUUGUUGUAAAGUUACAUUACUUGUUAAUAUUGUUUCACUAUUAAUUAAAUAAAAUUCCUCUACAGUUAUUUUACAGACUUCAUCAGAGUACACUAUACAGUAAAGUGAGCUGAAAUGUGCUUUGUAAAAACAGCAAAAUCCAGUUUGUUUGCAUACAUGGACAUGAGUAUUGUUAGAUAACUACAUAACUGAAAUAGUUUUUUAAAACUGUCUCUGUGUGCUUCAGUAUCUGAAUGUUCUUCUCAAACACAGUUCACCAUCUCUCCAGUAGCAGUCCACAUCAGGGUUCUAUCCAGCUCUGGUUUACUCUGAACAGUAAUGACAAAGCUACAAGCUACACAGCUUCCAUCCUGAAAUAUCUUUUCCAGUAGUGGACUGUAUCAUUUCCUGUUUUUAGUUUACUUUCUCUGAUUAUGUGUCCAUCUUGCAGUUGCCAGCACUGCAUUAUAUGUAGUUUCUCUCUUUUGUAUCUCAUAACUCUGUGUCAGCACAAAGAUAAAGAGUGCGGUGCAGAGAUUUAAAGUCAAGUCAGACUCACAAUAGACAUUUUUCAUGGCAGACAUUUGUACUAAUAACAGUAGGAAAUUAAGGAGUGUUACAACAUUAACAAUGACUCUGCUCCAUUCGAGAGUCCCAAUAAGUCAUGACAGUGUGACAGUGAGCCAACAUGACUACAGGUUGAUACUAUGGAUUAAAAGCAGCGCACCUGAAGCCUUUUCUUAUACACCCAGUUACACCUCUGAAUUCUCCUACACACAUGCAGCCAACACCAUCCCUAACUCACUCCUGACCCUUUGUGGUCAAAAAGGGAACUAUCCUACACGUCCAGACUUAUUGAAACUGGUUAAAAGCGCUGUGCAGUGUUUUCUUGUAAAGCAAACAAAGGUUAUGUUUACAUGCAGUGUUACUCACCAAAAUACACUGUGAGGUCCAACAAACAUGUCAAAUGUGUUUACUUCCUUUUAAAACAUUUGCAAAGCUGAUUUUUAAGUAUUGUCAAUCUGGAAUUGUUUUCAUCCAUGUUCAUCUUCCUCCUCAUCCAGUUAUCUAGAGGUAUGUUGGCCUAAUGAAUCUUUCAUGUGUAUGACAUUACAUGAUGUGCAUGAUGUGAAUACUUCUUGCAUUUUUAGUGAACGAAUCUAUUUCCCAACAUCACUGAUCAAAGAACAACUAACAUAUCUAUGUUAACAAUGUCAGAUAUGUGAUUCAUUCAUUCUUUUCACAUCAAGAGGGAUAGAUCUUCUAUGUGUUAUCCAUGUGACAACCAGUCAGGGUUGAACCAGAGUUUCAGUCUUAACUGUGCUGUGAUGUGAAUGAUAAUACUCAGGCUGAAUCCAGCCUGAACUACAGCUAGACAGAUGUUACGCACUUGCGGUGAACUGGAGCACUGAACUGAAUACCAUUAUGAAGCUUUACUGGGUGUGAGUGUGCACCAGGGUGGGGUACAUGUACUGUGUGUUUGCAUUUCUCUGAUGUGAGAUCUUCUACUUAGUUGCAUGUGAACAACAGCUCCAGCAUGUAUAGGGGCAGACCAGCAGCUAAUUCCAAAAAUGAGGUGAUGGAAUACCUUUAUAUGCCACAAAAUGUAUAAAGUGUAAAAACUGCAGACGUAAAGUUUGUGUCAUAGCUCAGUUAUGAAAUCCCCUCUCUCUCCUGUUGGGCUGCUGACAGCUGUUUUAACUCACCAUAACAUCAGUAGUUUCUGCUAUAGCUGUGUGCAUUCCCAUGAUUGACAUGCAGCUCUCGGCAAACAGAACUCACCUGACUUUGAGUUGAGAGUCAGAGUUUUGUUUCUAUAUGUCUCUACCAUCACAUCACAGUUUGUUUUAUGGUUCAGUCAUUUUAAGAGAAGACUCAGUUGUAAAGUUUACAGCCUCCUCCUGCAUUACUCUGUGUGUGAACUGUGAAGCAGCUAAAAAAAAGUGUAACAAGUUGUCGACUGACAUUUUGUGACUCGAAUCGGGAUCUCCCCGACAGAUUGUCCUCAUUUAGGGGGCAGUCCUAAGUUGUAGUACUUUAGACUUCUAGGCCCUGUUUUAGUUUGAAAACUCUGAGACUUUUUGAAGCAAAAAUGCAGAUGCCCACAUUUGCUUCCUGACUGACUCAGUGCUGCUGACCACAGUAGAGUACAGCAGAGUAGACAAUCUGCAUUCUCUUUACACCAGCAUGCCCAUGCCCAGUGUAAAUGGUGUAAGUCAUGUGAUAUGUUUUCAGUCAUGUUAGUAUGGACAGACAUUAUUUCUAAUAAAACGCUGGUUUUA